GGCCUAGGGAAUCUCAUAUGCCUCCUCUGAGAUUCGCACAGAGUGUCGAUGGACUGCAGAGGAUUUUCUCUACGAGUCUCGGACAGCUUCGACUCCUGAAGGUCACUGCCGAUUUGGGAGAUGUCUCAUCUCAACAAAACUAUAAAGACCUUCCCAGCAGCGGUUAUCUAACAGCAGUCUUGAGUUCUCAGCAUCUCAUGUGCUCCGCUCCAAGCCAUCCGUCCUCUGCUUCAGGCAUCAAGGCGAAUUUUAGAAUCCAAGAACGACUGCACGUCGCACAAAGCAAACUUUAAGGCUUCCUCAACUGCUUGCAGGGAGACAUACGCGCACCAAGUAGCUAAUAUUGCUCCACGCCUCGUCGCAUUUCACUGUAAUUUAGACUUCGGUUUCCAGCUGAAGAUGACAACGAUGUCGACGAGACUCCAGGCUUGCACUUGUUUGUUGUUGGUAGCCAUCGCCAUCUCCUUCAGUGGAGGUGUUGUGGAAGCAAGGAGGCAUAGCGAACAUAAGAAGCUCGAGUUCUACUUGCAUGAGCAAUUUGUGAGUGAGCCGGGAUACCCGGCCACUGAUCUGCUAGCGGCAUCGGCCACGGGCAAUACGUCUACGUACGCUUUCGGAAAUCUCGGAAUAUCAGAGCAGGUCAUCAGGGAAGGGGUAAGCAACACUUCGACCAUCAUCGGCCGAGCCCCAGGAACUUUCCAGCCCAACAUGGAGGAGAGAACCUUCGCUCUGUACAAAUUGUUGACCCUCCAGACACAAAAAUGGAACGGCACCCUCGUCGUCUUCUGCGACUGGCUUUCGGAUGCAGAUUCUAACGAAUGGACCGUCGUGGGAGGAACUGGAACAUUCAGAAUGAAGAGAGGGUACGCGAUCAACACCAAAGCAGCUGGAGGCGCAGGCACCAAUUCCAUCACAUUCAAGUGGGAAAUUUACCUCCAUUGACUACCACGUUGAUUUCAGCAACAUUGCGCUGCAGCUCCGCCUGUGUGGCAAUUGUUUCACUGCCACACAGUGGAACAAUUGUUAUUUGAAUACAGGAGGGCUCUUCGGAACUUAGAAUAGUACUUGUAGGUGAGUUACUUAUCAGUAAGACAUUGGUAAGCUUCAAUUAAGUAGUAUACCUGGAUUUCGCAUACUUCAAUCUCGAGGACUUGCAAAUGAAUUCUGAAUUUGAACAUGCGAUUGUUGCACCGUAGAAGCAUUGUGAUGGGUGCAGUGAGCGCUGUGUCUAGUUGAGUCAUAUCUCCCCGUGCGACAUGAUGUAGAGCUGCAGAUAGCACUGCUGCAGUGCUAUCUGCAGCAGUAUUACUCUUAUAAUACUCUGCAGUGCCACUGCAGAGUAUUUGCGGGAUGCCAUGAGAAGUGAGACUGAGAGGCUCGAAAUUAUGCCACAAUGCAGAACACAAAAGAUGUAGCGUCCAUCACUUUCUCAAUUAUGAAUGGAGGAUUAAUACGUCUCUUUAACUCCUUCAAGCUCUGUUCGUUCGAAGCAGACGAGUAAUAAAAGCUUUUUGGUCAACAGGUCAACAAC